GGGGGGGACGGCAGUCAGCGGCGGCGCAGGGCUGCGGGCGAGGGGCGGAGCGGAGAGACCCUGUAUCUGCCAUGGCCGCCUCCCCCUCCCCGCAGCCUCCCUUAAAUACUAUGGGGCGGCCGUAGCUGCGGCUGGUGUUGCUGCUGAGCGCACCAUGCGGGCUGUCAUCGCUUUGGCCGCGUCGCUGGGCAGCCUGCUGCUCGGCGGCUGCCUCCUGCGGCUGGGCGGACAGCAGCCCCUCCGCGCCAGGGGCUGGGAGGAGGACGCGGGAAUAGCUACUGUCACGCCGAAAGUGGUGCGAGCUCUCAGGCCGCCCUUAACGCCCCUUCCUCGGACCGAGAACAGAACAACUGUUAAUAAAAAUGGAAUUUACCAGUUCGAACAGGCUUCAAAAUGUAAGGCAAUUCAGGACAACAUUUUGUCAUCAUCUGUCAAGAAGAAAAGAUAUACAGAAGACUAUUAUCUUCACAUCGUCACAAAACUGCAGAACUGCACCUGGAUAAGGAGACCAGAAGAAUCUAUGAAAUUCAGGUCAGAAUUAGCUUCCUGCUGUGAUGCAGUUCACAAUUUUAUUGCUUCUCAAAACAACAGCCCACUGGGAAGUAACAUGAGUUAUGAAGUGGACAGUAAAAAGACCAUCCUCAUUACAGAGGACAUUUUUAAGAUGCUGCCUGUGUCCUCUCACCUUUCAGUCUAUCCCUUCAAGACCUGUGCCGUGGUUGGAAAUGGAGGCAUUCUGAAAAAUUCCAGCUGUGGAGCUGAAAUCGAUCGUUCUGACUUCGUGUUUAGGUGUAACCUCCCUCCAACCGUGGGAAGCAUUAGCAAAGAUGUUGGCAAUAAAACAAACCUUGUGACUGUUAAUCCAAGUAUCAUAGCUCAGAAAUACAACAAACUAAAUGAAAAGAAGGCUGAAUUUCUGGAGAACAUUGCGGUCUAUGGAGAUGCUUUGCUUUUAUUGCCAGCGUUUUCCUUCAGAAGCAACACAGCCACUUCUUUUAAAGUGUAUCACACUCUGCAAGAGUUCAAAGCAACCCAAAGGGCAAUAUUUUUUCACCCCACUUAUCUGAAAAGUCUUGCCCAGUUCUGGAGAACUAAGGGUGUGAAAGCCUACAGGUUGUCAUCUGGUUUUAUGAUCACUAGUGCUGCUCUUGAGCUGUGUGAGAAUGUGAAGCUCUAUGGCUUCUGGCCUUUCUCAAAAUCCAUGGAGAAGAUGCCAAUCAGCCACCACUAUUAUGACAACCAGCUGCCUAAACCAGGUUUCCAUGCAAUGCCCAAAGAAUACAACCAGAUUCUUCAGCUUCAUGGCAAAGGCAUUUUGAAGUUGCAGUUUGGUAAAUGUGAAUCAGACUAAAAAGGGUGAUGAUCCUAAGGAGGCAAUUUGUGUGUAUCUCAGCAGUUCAGUGUUGGAUUUGAGCUGAUGUGAUUUUGUGAUUUAAGCUGCAUUACUACAAUAGAGAAACAUUUUACACUUAGGGAGAAAAGGAAGUGGUGUUUUUCAUGCAGUGACUGCUACAUUUCUGAAUUUUGAGUAAUCUUUUUUUUUAAAUACAAAAUAACAUUUAUUUGGGAAAUUCUGAAACUCCUGCCUAUUGGUUUAAUUGCAGCAAAGCACAAUCUCAGGACGGUGGCAAUAUGUGACCUUCAUCAUGUUUUGCUUUUUAAAAGAUCAUUAAAAUACUUUGACAUGAGAUCUCUGGUUUUGUUAGUAUCAUGUAAUACAGGCAAUAGUCUCUGUAUGGUAGCUGCAUCAGUUGGCAGUGGAAAUUUUCAAUUAAGAACUUGAUCCUAUAAACACUAGCAUUUGUCUACAUGAGAAAGGUGAUGAGAAGAGCUACAGUGGAGUAAUUAAUUCUGAGCUAUGUCAUUCUCAGCUUGUUCCAGGGUGCACAGAUUCAAAAAUCCCCCAGGUUGGAGAUAGUCAAGUGGUUUAUGGGCUUUCAUUUUGUGUGCAAUAGGUAAUGCUGUGGUUUUAACGGGAUCACUCAUGUGAGUGAUGUUAGUUUUGUGAACAAGUGUUUGAAGGACCAGAGCUGUAUAAUUGUUUUUAAACCCAUCUUCUUGCUUGUGUUUCUAUCUAAGGUCCAGUUCAACUGCAAAUGAGAACAAUGAACUAGGUUCCAUGCUGCAAUCCCCAGAGUCUUGGUAGGACAUGCCUUUGCACACAUUCCUGCAAUCCCAGCUCUGUAUCUCGGCUGACAUAUGAGAUGGACCAUUCAUUAGAAAAAUGAUAGGUACCAAACCUAUCAUUUCUUCUACUUCUUUUUCACCCAGCAUAGCUCGGACCAAUAUGUGACCUACAGAUAAGGAAACUGCAUUAAGCAUUAUUAGAAGAAUGUUGCUUUUACAGUCAACCCCAAGCUCUUCUCCUAUACCAGAACAUAUGAGAACAGAUCCUACAGUCUCUUAAUUUAAAACCCAUGCAGUUCUUGUGCUUUAAGUUUCCAGAUGGUCCAAGAAUACCCGGGGAGCAACAUCCUGCGACUAGAGAAAGUGAAAUAUCAGCCCAGUGGAAAGAAUCACAUUAACAUUUACAGGAGGUACCAUGAGUAGUUGUUGCCCUAGCUAUGGCUGCUUGUAUGUUAUUGCUUAUAUGUUUUCCUGCAGAAAAAAAACCCAACCAAACAAAAAAUUGUAAGAACAGCUACUGUAAGCUCAGUUUCAGUAGCUUUUCUGAGAGUCUUGAAAGAUCAAUUAAAAUAUAGUGUCCUUCUGCUUUUUACAGAUACUGUCAGAUGAUGUUUACUAGAACUCGUUUUGCCACUGUAGCAUUAAUUCCCCAAUCAAAUGAUUUAAAGAGCAUUCAAUAUUCCACUCAUUGAGGAUUAUAUCUGAAAAAAAAAUUCUACUUAAAUGAAAUAAGGUUAAAAUAAGGUUAAAAAAGGUUUUAAACUGAUACUUCAUAAGAGCAUUUCUAUAUUGUAAUAUUUGCAGGCUUACCUUGCAGCAGUUUUAUAAUCACGUAAAUAAUUCUGAAAGUAUUAGAAUCAAUCAGUAUGGGUCCAGGUCUCUUAGCUGAGACACAUUAAGCAUCUUGAUCCAUUUCCAAGGUAAUGAUAUCAGAAUCCAAUACUACUCCUACCCAAGCAGAAGUGUCCGUAAUUCCUGGCUGUAUACACCAGCAAUAAAGUAGAUUUUUUAAAAUAAGGUUUUAAAAAAGUAGAUAGUGCUUUGGGGCAUUGAAUGACACCACUAAUACAUGAGUGGACCUCUGAAUAUCAGUAGGGCUCUUAACAGAAACAAAGUCGAUGAGUACAUCUGCGUUACCAGCUGGUGACUGAAAGAGGCGAGCACAGGGGUUUGAUUUACUGUGAUCUGUUAUGGUUCCAGCACCACACGUCCACAUUUUUUCUUCACCAGCAGUGAAUUUGUGCCAGAUUCUGGCCAUAGGCAUCUGCUGCUCAUGUGCAGAGAGCUGGCUGCUGCAAGACCCUGCAUCCAUGUUACGAGUGUUAGGGGUGAUUGCCUACUGCAAGUCCUAGUUGUAGAUCAAAAAUAAAUGUGCUCCCAAAAGAGCUCCUCCUGUACCAUAAAUCGCUCACAUAGACUGUCCCAGAGUGUUGGUAGCUGGAAGCUGUGCAAUGUGACAUAGUUGUUCUUUGGGUCAUGCAAACAGGUUGAGGAGAACCACAUCAUAUUUUAACCAGAGAGACAAAGAUGCACCUCUGUCCAGGCAAGGACUGUGACUUGUUCCAGUCUAGCACAGUGCAAUGAGAUGGCUGUGUAGAAGCUACAUGGUUUGACUUGGAAAAAUUCAUACAUCUUUUAGAGAUUGAGGAUCCUUCAUUGUAUCCAGAACGAUAGCAAGUGCUUUGUGUGCAUGUAGAGAUGAUGCAAAGGGUAUCAUUCAUUGCUCAAAUUAAAUUCAAUGAACUACUCAGUGACUGAAGUGGCAAAACCUGUUUGUGUGUAAGCAGAAGAUGUGGAGAGGAGAAAAUGAAAUGUAUUUGCAGUGGAGAAGCAACUUCUUUCAAUAGUGUUUGUUAGUUAAUUUUGAGUGUAUUGCAUUAUCUGAGUGAAUAAAUGUAUACAGCAUACCAUGACACACCGUGAAGUUGUGUGUCUGGAUCAUUUCUGUACAGCUAUGUUAUUUAUAACACACAUGUACUAGUUACUGGAAAGGUUAUUGGAAUACGUUUUAAAAGAGGUUUAGCCAAAGAAGAAAACUAUUCUAGUUUCCUUAAUGGAAAGAGGUCUUAAUUGAAGGAGUGUGAUGUAGCACUCACAAAUGAGAGCAAAUGGGAAGCUCUGUAGCAUGGACAGACACUAUGACGUUUUAGCGCUGUUUAAACUUGUCAUUGACCUGAAGACCUGGACCUCUACGCUCUCAAAGCUCUCAGUGAUUUGUGUGGAGCACAGAACUAAAAGAAAUGCGUGGAGGAAAUAACCUUUCCUACCCUUUCCCACCAAUACUCUUAACUCCUCAUAGAAUGAAAAUAUGCUCUAUUAGACUUUAGAUUAAGAACCUGGUUUUAAUGUAGCCUUCUCAGGCCUUGCUUCAGACAUGAAGUUCCUAUGAGAUGCUAGUUGCAUCCACUUCACAGGAGUGCAGACCUUGUGCUCGGUUUUAUUAUAGCUACUGCUGCUGUGUGCUUGGUGGCUAGGACUUGCUAAUUUGUGCACAGAUCGGGCAACCUAAUGGUGUUUCUGUGUAACAGGUUAUAGUGAGAUUGAUCAAGACUUGGUGAAGUACACUCGCUCUGGGAAAGGAUGUUUUUCCAGGUAGCCAAAUAAAUUCUUUAUUUCACAUCUGUGAUUUCUCAUUGAUUUUAUAUCUGUGCCAGGUUAAUGAUGAGUAAAUGGAUCUUGAAUCCCUUCCCUAGCUGGGAAUGUUUAUGACACUUUUGCAAGACUCAGCCAAGUGCAGUUUUGAUUAAGGAUUCAUGACCAAAGGUUAGGAAGGGCCUUUCAGUUCCCUCUACUUCACAUGAGGAAUAAUAAUUUUUAGGGUUUGUGGGCCUCCAAUUUGUCACAUGCUGUGGAAAGACUAUUGAGAUUAAAUAGUUGUCUAAAGAUAGAAACACUGACAACAUGCUAAUAGUUCCCCUGUACCUUUGCAGAGUCUGACACUGUCCAUGCACAUGACUGCUUUACAGCAUCGUUAGAUUAAAGCCUGCUUGGCUGCUUUUAUUCCUUUUUCUCCUCUGAAUCUUUAAUGUUACAUCUUCCUUUAGGAUCCAGUGCUGCCUCCAGCUGGUUAUUUCUCUUCCCUCCAUAGGGCGUUACGUAGUCCUGUUUAGUGUCUGUUAGGGAGUUUGCAUGGCUAUGAAUCAAAUGCUGCUAUGCUUGCAGCAUAGUAAAACAUACCUUAAAUGACUCGUCUUACGUCUCAAGGAAGGCAGCAUGGUGGGAUAGUCACAUUACAUAAUUGGAGGUGCUAAAAUUGGGCUGUAGCUCCACAGUGACUUUAGCUGUAAUGGCUGGCUCACAGUCCAGUCCUCAUUCUUGCACUGCGCCACUUCCUUCAUGCCAUCUUUGGCUCCUCUCUGAUCCUACACUGAGCUGGUUUGGCACACUGAGCUGGAAAAAACCUGACAUGACAACAAAAGGAGAAAAAUUGGUUCAUGCCAACAGAGCCAGAGGAAUUUCAGAGUCAAAGCCAAGGAGGUGGUGAGACCAUGCAGGUGGGACUGUAGGGACAUAUUUAGGGGCCAUUUGUUAUCUGACAGCUCUUGGAUAGGCCCAGUGGUCCCCUGAAACUUUGGUCAAGUCCAGAAGGUAGCAUCUCUUGGGGAGAGAUGGCCUCCUGCAGGGGGAAAUCACAGCACAGUGGCUGUUCUGGUAGGCAGGAGCCUGUCUCUCCCUGUGGUGACAGAAACCACUUAAGGACUCUAGGUACCUCCACUAGGGACUCUAGGCACCUAAACUGUUUGAUUAUUGCUCCCUCUUCUCUCUUUCCCAUUACAGUCAUUUUAACAAGCUGUUCACCACCAGCAGGUUCAGAAAUGAUAACUGUAAAAAAAAAAAACCCUUUGUCUGUAAAUACUAUUUCUCAGUCCACUAACAGUAAACUUGCAGACACUUGCUCAUUAUUUAUCACGCCUAUGUUUUCAGUCUCUUCUAAUCUCAGCAUCUCCAACAGCAUCCGCAGAGAACAGAGCUGCUCAAAGUGUGGUGGUUUUGAGACCAGUUCUCUUUCAUUUGUACAGUAGUGAGAUUUCUAAUAUGUUGCCAUGCUUGAGUCAGGGUGAAAUUCUCUGUGCUAUGUGAUUCAGGAAAAUAAACUAAAUUAUCUAGGUGGCCUGGCACCUUCUGUGGGCUGCCCAGAUUACUAGUAAAAUAUUCUUGUUGUUAUGUAUUAUUUGAUUUUAUCCAGUGCAGAUAUUUGGAUUGAUUUAUUAGUCUGGGUUAAUUGGUCACUUAGACCUUGAGCCUGCACAGACUCUAUGGUGAAGCUACAGCCUACUUGGCAAUCUAGGUUUAAAAAACAUUGGACCUGGAGAUCUUUCUCUGUCCUGUCACUCGCUCUCAUGUGAUAAAUCUGUGGAGUGAGAUCCUGAACAUCUGUGCAGCAGCCUCUCCAGAGACUCUCAGGUCCACAAAGCACACAUCCACUUGUGUAUAUAUAUAUUGGGGUCUGUGAGAGAUCAAGCCCAAGGAAUAUUCUGGGGAGUGCUUUAUUCCGAAAGAGCUUUAUUUCAGACGACUGAUGGCCACUUGUUGCACACUCUGAAGCAGCAGACUUUUUACACAUGAGGUUGUUAGUUAAUAUAUAUAUUCAUGGCCAGGUAAUCCUUCCUCUUGUGGUACUUAAGCAGCUGAUCUCUUUCAUCUCUAGGUCUGCUAGCCAAGAACAGUGACAAAGGGAUGUGUAUUUACCAUAUAAAGCCUGGCCUUCUUGAUUUUGAAUUCUAUCAUUUUAGGCAGGAGCAUCAUCCUUCUCUGAGUUUCUGGAUAGCUGAGUUUCAAAGGCUGCUGAUCUCUCAGGGUACUGUGGAAAAACCAUUUUGGCCCCUCAGCUACAGCACAAAUGACUGGGGAGAUUUAUAUCUAUUAAGCUUUGUUCCAGACUUUCAUAAAGUAUUUCUUAAUUGGCUUUAAAUUAUCAUACUGGUCUAGUAGAGCAUGAAACAAUCUGCAGCAUGCCACUAAACAAAGGAACUAUUGUAGUUACUUAGCGGUCUCCUUUCAUAAAGUCGCAUUUCAGAAUACCUCCUAUCCUGGGAAUGCUGGCUCACCAGGCGAGUGACCUGGGGGCCAGCUGGGGUAGCAGCCUGUCAGUAUGCUCAUGGUGUCCAGCAAGUUCAAGCAAUAUGACAAGAGCUUAACACGAUGGGAGUACAUCAGCUUGGGUUUGCUGUAGACCAAGGAGUAGACUUCAUACUGUGAUGUAUAAUUGGCUGAACUCACGUUCCUCUGUGUGUGAGCAGUAGCUGACCUUUGGUGGUGGGUGUUGGCAAAUACUGGUUUAAGGAUGAAAACAGCCUACCUGUUAAAUACAAGAAGCAGUGACAUCCUCAUGUCAUCAAGUAAACAGUCAAAUCUGUCUUUUGCUAACCUGACAAAGCUUCAGCAAUACAUCGGUGUUUGUUGCUGCACCUAGUACUGCUGUGCCUUGUCUUUUUUUUUAUCCCUCUUUUCUCCAGUGAGGGAGAAAACUCAAUUGCAUGGUGGAAGUAUUUAAUGAUUCCACCAUGAAUUCAUGGUAUUAUAGCAAGAUGCCAUUAGAAUGAAUCCUGCUAAUGGUUGUGACAGGGUAGUCUAGUCUAAGACAAUAUUGCUGGUUUUAAAUUCCUCACUAUCCACUUUAGUCCCUGACAAGAGGAGAUUCUUCACAGCAAGUCUGUAGUUCAACAACCUGCUGGGCUUUUUAGCUCUUGGCUUGACUGUGAGCUGAGUCCCUAAGGACACCUCCUUGGUGUAUUUAUUGUUAGUGCUUAUGGUACAAACCCAUUCUGCAAUUCUUGUGAAACAGAAGUUUAGCAGCUGACAUUUCCGCAUGUUUUAUAUGCACAUUUUAUAUAGUAGCUUCAUAUAUAUUCUUUAUGUUGAUAGUCUUAAUAUUUUUUCUUUGAGAUUCUUAUUAAAAUUAUUUAAAAUAUUCAUAUUUUAUGCUACCAGAGUUAACUGUGGGGGAAGUUACAUAAUGUCACCUAAAAAAACAGUGAUACAAUCCAAAAUCAUUUUUAAGGGUAUCAUCUCACUGAUUUCUUGAUGGGUACUUUCGUUAGUCAUUUGGACACUUGAUUCUUAGAUGAACCUUUCUAAGGUGGGUCUGAGAGGCCACCUCUGCUUCUGAUUUAGUUCAAGAUCUUCAAGUGAGAAGGUGGGAGAAUGGAGAGGUCCUACACAGGGCUGCUCCUAAGGGAUGGCAAAUGCAUGGUUUUAUUUCAGAGACUGUUUCACGUGUCAAAAAGGUAAUUCAAUAAAGUUUCCGUGAUAGCUUUUUCCCAGAGGUUUCAUUGUCUCUUAAAAUGUGUGCAUUAAUCUUGGUUCCAUUCUUUUCAAUGCAAUCGUAGAAGCAGAGCUUAUCCCCCCUUGGAGCUGGUAUAAUUGUGCUCCUCCACAUGCGCCAGGCUCUGUGUGAAGCUGCUAGUGUAGGCUCUGCUACUGCUGUUCCCAAAAAGGUUCUCUCAGAUUCUCUCAACGCUGAACUUAUUUAUGUUUUCAGAUGUGAACUUGAUAUUGUUUGAGUAGAAUGUGUGCAGUAUAACAUAGAAGUGUCUCUGUGCAGGAUUUAGGAGGAGGCACAGAAAGCUCCUCAAGCGUGUGUGUGCUUUAUUACAGAAAAUCAAGAUGAAUUUGUAUUGUUGAGUCAUCUGUUACGGCUGAUUUAAUUUGUACUUUGUUUUCAUGUUUUAAGUGCCUAAUGAUUUUUUUGUCAAGGAGGCAGUGGUUUCACUGUUAAAAUGCGUACUCAGAAUUCUGCACUUGUUACUUGUUCUGUAAUAGAAUAUUUUUGCAGUUUCUGUUUGGAAAUAAAGACUUAUUAGGCAUAA